UGUCCUAUAUCUCUGCACCUCAUAAUACUUUCCUAACUUCUCUUCUUCUCGCUCACCCACACGUCUUCCCCGUUCACUCUCUCUUUUCUGCAAAAAAUAAAUUUAUCAUACCCAUAUUUCAGAUUUAUUCAUUCAUGUUUUAAUGCACAGCUACACUGGAUAUCAACUGAAAGCCUGAACAAUUUAUAGAGAUUUUAGUUUUCUGUUUACUAUAAGGUGAUCCUGACAUUUCGUUGUUGACUAAUUAUUUGGAGUAGUAAUUGAUGGCAUCGCCAGACGUGCAUACCCCUUGGCUAUCAUCAGCUGUUGAAUCUUUCGGUGGAUCCUUCAAGAUACGCAUAGAAGAAGAAGAGACAGUAGACAGCAUAGAAUUCUUUGAAGAUCCAAGCUCUCUAGCUUGUAAUCUACCUAAUAUUCCGAAUCCCCCUUCGGCUCCCGGUAAAAUUUGUUCAAAAGCCACUAAUCCUCGACAACUUUCUAAUUCUGAUUGUGUCCCGAAAGAAGCAAAAGAUACAUGGGACAAGCUCUUCAAAGAAGGAUAUGGAGCAGACGUACAUAUUAUUACAGACGAUGGAUCAUUUAUUCCGGCUCAUUAUGCCCUUCUGAGUGUUGCAUCUCCAGUGUUGGGGAAUUUCCUGCAGCAAUCCAAAGUAAAGAAUGGUAUUAGAUGCAUAAAAAUCCCUGGGGUACCUUGUGAUGCGGUCUCUGCAUUCAUCCGUUUCCUCUACUCAGCCUGUUACGACGAAGGAGAUAUGAAGAAGUUUGUUCUGCAUCUGUUGGUCGUAUCACAUGCCUACUCAGUACCAUCACUUAAAAGAGUUUGCAUAAACCAUUUGGAACAAGGUGGGUUGAACUUGGAAAAUGUGAUAGAUGUGCUUCAGUUAGCGAGAAGCUGUGAUGCACCACGGCUUACCCUCUUUUGCAUCCGUAUGAUUGUGAGGAACUUCAAGAACAUAUCAUCAACUGAGGGUUGGAAAGUAAUGAGACAAGCUAAUCCUGUACUUGAACAGGAGCUUUUAGAAUCCGUUGUUGAAGCAGAUUCGAGAAAACAAGAUAGACUGAAGAAAAUCGAAGAGAAAAAGGUGUAUUUACAACUGCAUGAAGCUAUGGAAGCUCUGGUUCACAUUUGCAGAGACGGGUGCCGAACAAUUGGGCCUCGUGACAAGGUGCUUAAAGCAAGCCAGGCGGCAUGUAGUUUCCCAGCAUGCAAGGGGCUGGAGACUCUGGUCCGUCAUUUCUCAAGUUGCAAAAUUAGAGUUCCUGGUGGAUGUGUCCAUUGCAAGCGAAUGUGGCAGCUUCUUGAGCUUCAUUCACGCAUUUGUGAUGAACCUGACUAUUGCAAAGUUCCUCUUUGUAGGCACUUCAAGGUGAAAAUGCUGCAACAAACGAAGAAAGAUGCGGCAAAGUGGAAGGUUUUAGUGAGCAAAGUGAACGCAGUGAGCCUAUUCUCAUCUAGGCGGGCAGAUUUGUAAUGACCUUUAGAAUAGUAAAUAUGAUCAUGCUUAUAACAACAUAUGGCCAAUAUUUUAGCUGGCCAUACAAGCUGUGUAAAUUACAGCUACUCAUCUAUCUAUAUCUAUAUCUAUAUCUAUAUCAGCAUACUAUAUUAUAAGUAUGAAGACAUUUAGUGAAAGUUAUUUUACUAAAAUAUCCUUCAAAAACUGAAUGACCAAAUUGCCCUCCAAUUUGUUUCAUUUUCAGAAAUCCCAAAAAAGCACACCUACAUUAACGUGGGAACAAUCCCCAGUCCCAUUAUAAUAGGCUUCCUUAUUUAUUCCCCAAAUUUUCUUACUCGUCUUAUGCUCUCUUUUUAUUUCUUUUUCCCUUGUAUGUUUCUACUGUAAUAACUCCAUCAAACUGUAAGUGAUUAAUCAUUAAUAGGAAUAAUUUUCUGGAAGCAGUUUUGUAUUUUUCAUCUUCCACAGCAGUGAAUGUAAUGCAGGUUGUUCAUCACAUUUCAGUUUUUUUUUCCUUUGA